CUAGCUAGAUGACGCAAGCCACCACUUACCUGGCGCUCGAUCUUGAGGUAAAUAAACGCGUAGCUUCACUCUCCUGAACCGUGACACCUCGUCGCAAACAUGUCACGACCAACCAUGAGAGCCUGGCAGUACGACAGCGUCGCCGGUGGGCUAGAGAAAAACCUCAAGAUCAAUGACACCGCCACCCAGCCCACUAUCAGCGACGAUGAGAUCCUGGUUGAGGUUCACGCGAUCGCUCUCAAUCCUGCCGACUACAAAGUCAGCGAGAGUGCUCCUAUAACAGCCCUUGGAGUAGUCUGCAUACCAUGCAUGGACUUUUGCGGUAGAGUCGCCAAAGCGGGCCGGAAGGUCGACUCCUUCCAGAUUGGAGAGUGGGUGUUUGGAACGAAAGGCGGCGCUGUCUCCAACGGAACUCUCGGGCAGUAUGUUAGCGUUUCGCAAAAUAUGUUGACGAGUCUGCCCGCCGGUGUUGAGACUGAAGACGCUGCAAGUGUUGGGGUUGUAGGCAUCACAGAGAUCCAGGCCAUCCAGCCAAACGUUAAGCCCGGCGACAAAGUCUUCAUCAACGGCGGCUCGGGAGGGACUGGCGUUUGCGGCAUCCAGAUCGCGAAAGCGCUCGGCUGUCAUGUCACAACAACAUGUUCGACAGGAAACGUGAAGCUCUGCGAGAGCCUCGGCGCCGACGAGGUCAUCGACUACAAGACUCAGAACGUCGUUGAGGCCCUUGCUGCCAAGGGCCCCAUCUUUCAGCUGGCUGUGGACAACGUGGGCUCACCUGCCGAUCUCUACAAACAAUCAGCCUCAUACCUUGCCCCCGGCGGCAAAUUCGUACAAGUUGGUGCCACCGUUAGCCUGGGUUCGUUUGCGCAAAUUACAAGCAACUUCCUUGUGCCAGGAUUCUUAGGUGGUGGCAGGCGACCGUACCAGGUGUUGUUACCCAAACCCUCGACCGAUGAUUUGAAGCAAUUAGGAGCGUGGAUGAAGGACGGAAGAGUCAGGGCUGUGUUGGACGAGGUCUUCGAAUGGGAGGAUGCACCGAGGGCUUUUGAGAAAUUGAAGACCGGUCGAUCAAGGGGAAAGCUCGUUGUCCGCGUGAAGCAAGAUCUAGGAAAAUCCAGUGCCUCUUAGGAUCCAUAGGCAGAAGGUGUUAUGCAAACAGCACGGUUCCAGUAGCACUCUCGAGGAGUCUAGGUGUGUGUUGCGUCUCGGUCAAAGUGCACACCCGGCGUCUGUAUCCUUUAGUUUGUCGUACGGAGGCAGCAGUAGCGAGCUAACAUCUGAUUUCUUAUUUCACAACAAACGCCUUCUGUUGCUCCACGUAGCGUGAAGCUAUCACCGUGCAACGAAUCGACUUCGGUGCCAGAGUCUGACAUGCCACCCUUGUGGACGCA